AUGACCAUGAAGGGACCGCUACUGGUCAUAAUGCCGAUUCAGAAUGUGAUUACCCAGCUGGAGGUGAACAAGAAGAAAUACAAAGUGCGACUUCAGAUGGACGAUGGGGGAGUGGAAAUUAAAAUCCAUGACGUGUCUGAGAAUGUGACGAAAGACGAAAUGCUUGCUGCCUUGAAGCAGUACGGUGAUGCAUUGAACAUGUGCUACCCGGCAAUUAUCCAAUCGGGUGGCAAUUACAGCUUGAAGUUCAUUGCGUUCAGCGACAAGAACUAUCUGUACUUGGGAUCGAUCAUAUGUGCUCUGGAUGCGCGAAACAAGUCCUACUGCUCCAAUGUCGUCCGAACGUUGCCGGUCAAUCCGACAGAAACGAUUCAGAAGCACUACACCUUGCUGCUCAAUCUGGAAGAGGAACUGCUGAAGGUGAUAACUCCGGUCAAGAAACUCUCGGAGGUUUUCGACGUCGGAAUGGAUUAUGCCCAGAAGAAGGAUAAAAGCAAAGUUUUGCCAAUCGAGUUGGAUUUCCGGGAGAAUUCGUUGUAA